AUGUCCUCGCCGGUGGAGGAAGAGCCGCCCGAACAGCCAAGCACCUCAUUUCAACCACAAGAUAUUGAAUCCAGUCAGCAGCCGAAGAAAGGGAUCCUUAAACGGCCGGCCACUAAAGCGGAUAACCCGGAAAACAAAGAGUCGAAUAUCCCCGUAUGGAGCGGAUAUCGAAAAUCACCAGAUCGAUUUCCAAACAAAGCCGAGACACGAAUACCAAAGCUCUCUGUGACCUGGUGGGAGAAAAAUGCUGUGGCGAUUUUUGGAGACACCAGCGAUGAGAAUGGAACGGAUUCCGAUCAGAAUAUGAUGAAUGAUUUGGGGAAUGGGAGAGGGAAAGAUAAGCUUCGCCAAACUGCAAUACUUGACUCGGAUGAUGGAGAUGAGGGGCCACCGCCUGAGCCGACUAGCUCCGAAAAGAAAGAAGAAAUUAUUGAAGAAGAGGAUGAGGAUACGGAAGAAGAUCAAAAUCAAAAGCUUGAAACGAUGUCGGUUGCAAGCUCGACUGCAAGUGGUGGAUCUUCGAUAGUUGGUAGAUGGUGGGUAGCGAAAGAUACAAGAUAUGUGCCGCAUUGCGUGAAAAGGGGCUGUAAACAUUCUGGACAUGAUCAUCCUGAAGAAUACCUUACACCGACUCAACGGAAGGCCAAAGAAAUUUCCGAUUUAAAAAAGGAAUUGCAAAAUGUAUCGAGUGAGAGGGAUGAAAAAGAACGUCAUCUACAGGAAUUAAGGAGCAGGAUGGAUGAGAUUGAAAGUUUACGGGAUUCAAAUGCGGUGUUGACAGAGAGUCGAACGAGUGCACAGAGUCAAGAGAUCGGCCAAUUUGAAAAGGAGAGGAAAGCUAUUGAGAGAAGACAUGCCGUUCGGGUGAAUCAAUUGGUUCAUGAGACGAUGCAGGCCAGGGAGGAGAACGCGAAACUGGCGGUCCGCAUAAAGGGACUCGAGGAUCGUUACGUGAAAACGAGCCGAGACGAGGGCACGAUGACAGAUGUGAGCAGCGUGGAAAGCCCCUACACCCACAUUGCAAUCAUGCCUGACGCUUCCGGAACUAAUCUACACACCGUUCUUUCGCUUCCCGACAUGAACAACCCUAAAAUCGCAAUAUCAAACCCCAAUUCUCCGAUGAACUCGGCAGACGGAAGUCGACAACCGAUGUACAUGUCACCAGAAGCCGUCACUGCCAUGCAGGCUUAUAAGAAUGAAGCCUUCAUUUGGCGCAACAAAGCAGCACAACUGGAGAUUAUUAUUCGCGAUCAACUGAUCCGAUCCCCGAUUUCGGAAACCGCAGCCGGCCAGGAAAUUGAAAAAUUACGACGUGAAUGUCAGAGACUACGGGAUCUUUUAAAUGAACGAGAAGGUGGUAUGAUUGAUUCGGGAAUUGAUGCUCCACCAUCACCACAAAGAGAGGGACAGGCAAUGCACAGCCAAAAUGUGUCCGGGGAAUGCACAUUAGCAAAUUGCAUUGAGCGCAAGAAGAACUUAAUUGAUGAAAAUAAUGCGUUGAUCGAGACGAAUGAGGAAAUGACGCUUCGUAUCAGUGAGCUUGAGGAGGAUAUAGCCGCUUUGAGAAAAGAGUUGGAAACGUUUGAAGAGGAUUGUUUGAAGAAGGAUCAAAAGGUGGAACAAUUCCAAAAAGAAGCCGAUUCGAAGUCAGCUGAGACGGCAGCUGCGACCCUUGUCAUUACUAGGCUACAAACCGAAGCCAAAACAAUGCAAAAAGCUAUUUCCUACAUGGAAGAGAGAAUGACGGCUUAUCAGAAUGUUAUACUCGAUCAUGGGCUUGUCGUUCAAGAUGAAGAAACACAUAAUUGGAGGAGAGGAUUUUCAAAUCCAAAUGUACAACAAAAAUUAAAGAGCCUCCACGAAGAGUUCUCCGCCAAACGCACCGACCUCUCCGAUCGUUUCUCAGAAAUUGAGGCCAACUUGCUGACAAAGACGAAAUUGGUGGAGACGCUGACGAAACAACUUGAAGAUGUUAGAAAAGAUCAAAGACUCGCUUUAGAUCAACACCAAGUGGAGCGCAAUAACUACAAAAAGUCGCUGAAAGAAAUUGGCAAAAUUGCUGAGAGGGUCCCAGGCUUGGAAACGCAAAUUGAACAACUCGAAAAGGAGAAGAGUGAAUUCGACUUCAAAUUCAAAGAAGCCCAGGAAAAUUACGAAAAGGGAUUGGAAGAUGCCCUCUCGGAGUCCCUGAGAAAAUAUCAAGAACAAAGCCAUUAUUGGAAGGACAAAUGUGUAUACUACGAUAACACGAUUACGAAAUUGAGGAAUGAGAUCGAGGCGAUGAAUAAGGACAAAGAAGAGCUGAGGUUGAAGGCAAAAAUGAAUAAGGCUGAUUUGGAGCAUCGUUUAGCUAGCAGUAUUGAGCAUGCAUCACAGAUGCAUCACAAGAUGAGCAAACCAAAGCGGGAUGUCGAAGUAGAGGCAAAGCCUAGACAAUCUAACAAGUAUGUUGCUUGCCGCCCAUAUGCGAAAGAAAAGGGAACUCACAUUGAGAAGGGAGAAUUGUUCGAUGAGCGUGAAGAACGCUUAAAGCUCUGCCAAGGAGAAUUGAGCACGACUAGGCGGCAAGUCCAAACACUGCAGCAAAAACUAUUGAAUUACAUGAAAGAAAAGAAUGAAAAAUCUCGAACACGGGCAAAAAUCCCAGGCGUGUUGAGCAAAGAAUCGGAAAUCAACGACGAAAAUAAGGAACAGCGCCAAACUAAUGGGUCUGAGGCGGCAAAGAAGGAUGAUGGGACAUCUAAUGACUGUUCUCAAAUAUCUCAUAAAGAUGAUGAGAUUUUUAAAUUAAACCGAGAAAAGGAUCGACUGCAUGAAAGGUACAUCGGCGAGGUUGAAGAGGAGAAAAAUCGGUUGGUGAAAGAAGAAAGAGCACGAAUUCAGCAGCUCGUUGCCGAAUUUGAUAAUGUUAGGAAUGAAUUGGACCAGGAAAUUUGCCGAUAUGAAUCUGAACGGAAAUGGCUCAAAAGUCGCAUCGAAAAUUUAGAAAAAGCCAAUACCGAACUAGAAAAGCUCAACGAAAAAUAUGCUACCCCAAGCCCUGUAGCUGCUGUAAAGGCGCCCACGAAAGAAGAAAAAAUGAAAGCAAUGAGGGAGGAGAAGAUUCGAAGGACAUUUUCUGACACGGAUCUUAUUAGCGAUCUCGAGGAAUGUGAGGUGGCACAACUAAAAGAGAAGGUUGCCAGUCUCAACAGGGAAAUGCUAAAAGUUCAUGGAACGAUUGUUAAAACAGCUAUGGCAGCAAAAGAGGCUACAAAGAAUACCGGAGCUGACCAAGGGCGGAUUGGCUCUGCUUUCAAUACAUUGGUGGAAGAUAUUAAUAUGGUUGGUAAAGGUGAUCUCGAAAAGGUUCUGGUACGCAUCACCCCGAAACUGCGACUACCAUACCCGAAGAACCCAAACAACAAAUCCUCAAAACCGCAUCAACUAAUGAUGCUGCCAAUUCGGGUCUACUGGAGAAGGUUAUAUAUGAAUGGGAUGCCGAAAAUUCUACAAGUCUCGCCAAAGAUUUGGCUAGGUCCAGAUCUGAACUUACAAAAUGAGCGACUUCACUUGGAACUCGCCCGCUCAAAUAAUGAAUUGGAGAUUCUGAGGAAGGAACCGCUGAAUUCGACACCGGCUGAUCCAGAAACUGCAAAAAUGAAACGAAGCAAAAGUAAUGUGGAGCUGGCUGAAGCAUCGGCCGAGAAAAAGGAGUGCAAACAAUGGCAAAAUAAGGCGGGUACUCUAUUCCGGGAAGUCCAUAGAAUGCGUCAGGACUAUACUGAUGCAUUAAAGGAUAGGAGAGAGCUAAAGAAGAAGCCCACAUCUCUUCUUUCCCAUUCAUUCAUAAUGAACCGUGACGGACGGGAAAUGAUAAAGGAAAUGAGCGUGCCAGUCCAUCUCGGAAAUUCCGACUUCAAACUGACUGGAAAGCACACACCAACCGGAAGCCAGAUCUUGGUGGAAGCGUCAGAGCCCGAGCCCAGUGUUGCUCCGGUGAAAGCUGAUCGUGAAAGUCGUAGUUCUGUGGUUGAACGAGUUUCUUUCAAAAUUCGCAUGCCAUCAAGCAAUGAAAGGGCGACGGAAGAGACCAAGAAAACACGGCAACGAAGAUCAGAAUCUGCUCACGCUACAUUGGCCAAGAAGCUUCCACAAUUAAUCGUAAGCCACCCAAAAUCCAAUGCCACCUUGAUGAGCCAGUCGUGGCACGCAGAACGUGAGAAUGGCUCAUUGUCAGAGCAAGAAGACGUACAACCGCCUGUUAGGACGGUGCAUCUUCGGGAGAAGGUAAAAAUCCUUGUUCGCGAAAAUAAAGUGCUACAAGAAAAGCUCGAGAAUAUGGAAAAGAGCCAGAUUGAUAUCUUGGAGCAAGAGAAUAAGCGGUUGAAGCGCGAGUUGAAGAAGGCUAGAGAUUCUGCUACGCCUGGUUCGAUGAGCAAUCGAUCAUCUGCAAGCAUCGAUGUGGAUACUUCCAGGAUGUCGGAAGACAGUAGCCAGUUGAGGACGGAAAUUGAGAAGUUGGAGAAUUUGGUAAAAGGCGAACAAUCCCAGCCGUCGAAAAUGACAAUCGCGCAACAAUCUGAAAAAUCGAAGACUGAGCAGAAAACCGAUUCGGAAUUCUCGGAUUCGCGUCUUUCUCAAGAGCGUGAUGAUCUCAAGCGGAAAGUGGAGCAACUCGAAAUGGAGCUCAAAAUGUCUGCCUCCACAUCAAGUAUGGAUACAUCAAAAAUUAUCGAUAGGGCUUCGAAGACUGACGAGGAAAUCGAGAAAAUGGUCGAAGAGGCUACCCAUAGUUCUAAAAAAGAAGCACGACUGCUGCGGGAUCGGGUUGAGGGGUUGGAACGACACAUGCAUACGGAAAAGGAACAGUUGCAAAAUGAGCACGCGAAAAGGGUUGAAACCUUGGAGCGUGGGCGCAGGAAUGUGCUGCAGGAAAAUACUUUGAUGAUGCAAAAGCUCGAGAGUAUGGGCCAGGAAAUUGAACAGAAUAAGGAGUUGCGGAAAUCGCUUGAGGUCGAGAAUAAAGCGCUCCAAGAUAAGGCUAAAAUAUUGGAAGACAGGAACUCGAUUUUGGACGCGGAAAACAAAAAGCUCGCCCAUGCUCUUAGAGAAAAUGCAGCAAAAAUUGAGCAGCUGAUUUCGGAAAGCAACAUCUUACGCUCCGAUCUGGAAUUGGCAAAACAAUCGGCUACACAAGCUACCGAUGAACUCGAGAAACACCUAGCUGAAAAAUCAACAUCCACAGAAGAAAAUACGUGGCUCACAAAAGAGAACGAAAGCCUGCGAGAAAAUAUCGAAGAAUUAAAGAAGCAACUGGAGGAGGAUCUUACUAACGAUACCGAUUCUAAAACUGAGAAACAACAACCCGUUCAAAUGAUCGUUCCUCGAAAAUCACGAUUGGUCGAGGGGUUGGAACGGGAGAUCGAAGAACUUAAAGAAGUUAAUAUGGAAUUAAAUCGAAAUUUAGAAUCAAUCCAAAAAGAAAGUGUCAAACAGGGCUCUUCUACUGCCUCCGACGAUUUGAAACUCAAAAUGGAGCUCACCAAGCGAGAAAACGAGCUAUACGCAAAGAAAAUCAAAGAAAUGGAGCAGGAACGAGCGGAUAUGUAUGCUGUUAUGUUCCGGAAGGGGCAGCAAGCAGUGGCUUUCGCUGCUCAAGAGGAUCGAGUCGUCGAUCAAUUAACUGAAGAUCGAAUUACAUUACGCUUCCUACACGAUGCGUUUUAUUAUUAUUUAUUGAACCGCGGCGAGGAAAAGGAUCAUCUGACGGCUAUAAUGACGAUGCUUUCCUUUACCCCAGAGCAAAAAGAUGAGGUGGCCAAAAAGCGAAAAACCCCAGAAAGAAAA